AUGACUAGAGCUAAUACCAAUCGACCAAUUUGUAUCGGUGGAGAAGAUGCAAAAUUUGUACUCGGUACAUCUCGACAAACUUUUCAUUUAUCAUUCACAACACUUUGUGAUGGCUUUGUCGAUCGUUACACAAUCGAUGGACUUAAUUAUACAGAUGAAAUGGAUUGUAAAGAAUGGGUCUGUAACAAUAUAUAUACGCGAUGUGAUGGAAAAUGGAAUUGUCCGAAUGCAGUUGAUGAAGCGAAUUGUUCUACUAAUCUAUGCCAUCCCGAUGGUCACCUCUAAUUUCAUAAAAAUUAUUAUCUUACACUACUUCAACAUAAUUAUACAUUAACAAUGAAUAUUUCAACGACAAUUAUGCCUGAAAAUCGCUGUUCAUCAAUCAAUGAACUAUUUGAUGAUCAUAUUCAAAUGUUAUCACGAUGGCAUCGUGCUAAAUAUUAUCAUAUUCUAUGUCAAAAACAUUCAAAUCUUGCAUGUUUCUAUGAUAAUGAUUAUUUCAUGUGUCUAUGUGAUAUUGAUCGACAUGCAAAUUGUUUCAAAUUCGAUUAUCGUCCUGUUGACAACUGCUUCGGUUAUAAUUAUUGUGAAAAUGAUGCUCAAUGUUAUCUUGACAAUAUUACUUGUCCAACAUCGUUCUCAUGCGCAUGCAAAGAAUGUUAUUUUGGUACUCGAUGUCAGUUUACUACAAUAGGAUUCGGUCUAUCACUCGAUGAUAUUCUUGGUUAUAGCAUUUGGUCAAAUGUUCCUUUCUCAAAACAAUCGAACGCAGUAAAAAUCAGUACGCUAUUGACGACUCUGAUAUUCAUUAUUGCAGUUCUCGAUUUUGCUUUGUCUGUGAUUACAUUUCAAACAAAACGGUCACUUGAAGUUGGCGUUGGUAUUUAUCUACUUGCAGCAUCAAUUACAUCUUUUAUAAUAAUUAUAAUAUUUGGACUGAAAUAUUUAUUUCUUCUAUUGUCCCAAAUGGCAAUUAUUACCAAUAAUUCGUUUCUUUUGGGCAAUUGUAUUUGUACAGAUUUUUUUUUGAAAGCAUUUUCAUCGAUUGGAGAUUGGUUGACUGCUUGUGUCAAUUUCGAACGCGUAAUAACUAUUCUACUUGGUGUUAAAUUCAAUAAAGCGAGAAGUAAAAAAAUUGCUAAAAGACUAAUCCUUGGUAUAAAUCUAUUUACUUUGACAAGUUUUAUUCAUGAUCCUUUUCAUCGUCAUUUACUUGAAGACACCGAAGAACAAAGAACAUGGUGUGUAAUUCGUUAUUCAUCAUCUGUAAGAAUUUAUGCUUCAUUUGUCAAUAUUUUUCAUUUUAUUCUACCGUUUUGUUUAAAUUUCAUUGCUACUCUAGCGAUUAUUGUUUUAAUAGCUCGAGAAAAAUCGAAAACUCGCCAAGAGCAGACAUAUAGAGAACUCCUAUGUAAUCAAUUUCAUCAACAUAAACAUCGCUUAUUAAGCUCGUUAGUUUUAGUCAUAGUUGCCAUUCUACGUCUUAUUAUUUCAUUUGCAUCUACAUGUAUGAAAUCAGUUCGAAAUCCUUGGCUUUUUAUUGGUGGUUAUUUCAUUUCAUUUAUUCCACCAUUACUUAUAUUCGCAAUCUUUGUUUUACUAUCUGAAUUUUAUCGAAAAGAAUUUAAGGAUGCUACCGUUCGUAUUAGAAAGACUAUUCAAAAUCGAUUUCAUCUUCAAUAA